UACUUGAUCCCAGGAAGAUUUCACCUGGCAGCUCGUCCGCCUUCUCUGUGGAGAUGCCAGUUGUGAUCCGGGAUAAGGAGGACUCUGAAUCCUCCUCUGAGGACGAGCAAGAAGACCAUCCCUGCAUUGCCUGGAGUGGCCUUAGCAAGACCAUCCCAGUUCUCUUGUUUGUCCCUGAAGCUAUCGUCUCAAAAGAUGGGAAUAUCUGCUCUAUCGGAGAGCGAUACAACAUGGCCUUCAAGAUUGUACGCACAGAGAGCCGCCUGGUACGAGGAACACUGACCAAUCAUGGGUUCCAUGAGGUCCACCCAAAUAGUAAUGACUUUAACCUCAUGUGGACAGGAUCUCACCUCAAGCCUUACAUACUGCGUAGCCUUCAAGAUUUCCAGAGGGUCAACCAUUUUCCCAGGUCAUACGAAUUGACGCGCAAAGACCGUCUCUAUAAAAACAUUCAGAGAAUGCAGCAGACCCACGGCUUCAAAAACUUCCACAUCGUUCCUCAGACUUUUGUCCUCCCCUCUGAGUACCAGGAAUUCUGCAAUUGUUUCGCCAAAGACAAAGGCCCAUGGAUUAUUAAACCAGUAGCAUCUUCAAGAGGACGAGGCAUCUACUUGGUCAGCAAUCCAAAUCAGAUUUCAAUGGAUGAGAACAUCUUGGUGUCUCGCUAUAUUAAUAAUCCACUACUGAUAGACGAGUUCAAGUUUGAUGUGCGGUUGUACGUGUUGGUAACGUCAUACGAUCCGCUCAUCAUCUACGUGUAUGAGGAAGGCCUGGCCAGAUUUGCUACAGUCAAGUAUGACCGGACUUCAAAGAACAUUAAGAACACCUUCAUGCAUCUCACUAACUACAGCGUGAACAAAAAGAGCAGCGAUUAUGUCAGUUGCGAUGACCCUGAAGUUGAGGAUUAUGGGAACAAGUGGAGUAUGAGUGCAGUGUUGAGGUAUUUGAAGCAGGAGGGGAAGGACACCACAUUGUUGAUGAGGCAGGUGGAGGACCUCAUCAUCAAAGCUGUCCUCAGUGCCGAACAACAGAUAGCCAACGCCUGCAAGAUGUUCGUUCCCCACAAGACAAACUGCUUUGAAUUGUAUGGUUUUGACGUGCUCAUUGACACCAACCUCAAACCCUGGUUGUUAGAGGUGAAUCUUUCUCCCUCCCUGGCCUGUGAUGCACCCUUGGAUCUGAAGAUAAAGGCCAGCAUGAUUGCAGACAUGUUCUCGCUUGUGGGUUUCGUGUGUCAGGACCCCCUGUCGAGGCAGUCGCGCUCUGACCGAGUCACCCUCGACCCCGGCCUCAAACCCCCGUCUCAGAAAACACAGAAACCUUUUUCUGCACCGACAGCCACCGCUCGCAGCAGAGUGCGGCAGAGGCCUGCAUCAGCCAGUAACGCGGAGACAGAUGGAUUGAAAGACAGGCAAGGAGCUAAACAAGGCCAAGGAGACAGCACUCUAAGUUUGACUGCUGAAGAGAUCAAAGUGCUUAGGAGGAUAAAGGAAGAGUAUGAGAGACGAGGGGGCUUCAUUAGAAUCUUCCCCACACCAGAAACAUGGGAGCUUUAUGGUGGAUAUCUGGAGUCCAAGACAUCAAUGAACUACAUGUUGGCAAACAGACUUUUCCAUGGAAGGAAUGUGAACGGGAAUGUGCAGCUGCAGGUGGACACAGUCCACGGCUAUCACGUCGUCCAGUAUGAGAGGAAGCUGCUGUCUCUGGAGGCACGUAAGAGGAGACAGCGCCACCUGACUCAUCGCUCUGCUGCAGGGAAGAAGAAAUCGGGGAAGGAAUCCAAGGCCUCCCUGACUGAGAGCAGUGGUCUGGAGGGAGAGGAGUGUGCUCAGGAGGAAGGAGAGGAGGUGAAACAAGUUUGUGAACCGGUUUCACACAAGGCUUUGGUAGCAGAGCAAAGAAAACAAGUGGCCACAUCACUGGAGAGCUCUCACAGUGAGACUCUGUCCAGCUCGGAGGCAGCCAGGCCCAGAGUCAACCUGCUCAACAUCCUUCAGCAGGGGUGGGACCUCAGUAAAGUGCAGGCCCGGAUGGCUUUUUCCUCUUACCUGCAGCGAGUCCAGCAGAGACUGUUGGCAGAGAGUAGAGCCAACACCAUCCCAGCUUGGCCAGAAAAGGACAAUGACCAAAUGGAGCUUGUGAUUCGUUUUUUGAGAAGAGCAGCCAGUAACCUUCAACAAGACAUAAAGGUGGUCCUGCCCAGUCGCCAGCUACCACUCCAAGACCGCAGACGCAUCCUGUCCCACCAGCUAGGAGAGUUUAUCCACUGUUACAACAAGGAAACCGAACAUAUGCUGCAAAAACAGGAGAAUAGCAAAGAGGAGCAUUGUGUGGACGCCAGUGUAUUUCAAGAGUACAUCACUGCAGCGAGUGAAAACGAUCUGGAGGAAGUACUGACAUUCUACACACAGAAAAAUAAAUCAGCCACCGUCUUCCUAGGAACAAAAGUCAGGAGUGUUAAGAAAGACUUUCAUGAAAUAAAUGCCUCAGGAGAGCCAGGCAACUGUGAGAAAUCCAAAACUCUGCCUGUGGCCAAAGAGGAUUCCAGCUCUUCAGAAUCCUCGCUCUCCACGGGGAAAAUCAGCAGUGACCCAGACAUCAAGGCCACUGAAAGUCAGCCUUCUGUCCGUAUGUUGCCUGAAGACCCACUGGCAGCAGUUAGAGCUGCUAAAACCCGGCCAGAGGUGCAGUCCUCUCAGCACUGUUCCAGCUUUCCUGUGACUCUGGAUUGCACCCAUAUUCAUCUGCAGCACUGCUCCCCCACCCCGACAUCCUUGCCUCUUCACUGUCCGCCACCGCCACCCCCACCUCAGCCACCGUCCUACGCGCAAUCCUUGGCGAAAUCUCAGUUCUGCCAGUCCGAGACUCUUUCUGACCUCCCUGCAUACACCUCCGCCCCUGUGGUCACGCAGCCCCAAAGAGCGAUGUGGACAGCUGUUUCUACUGGCCUUAACACAGCGUGUACAGGGCAAUCAACCCAGGUGCUCAAGGGGAUCCCAUCCUUUACCUCAUCCACGCCCAGCUCUGCAGCCUCCUCCAUCCCAAGUGCCACACACAUCUAUAGCCAGAAGCUCUCUAGACCCACCUCUGCAGGCCAGGUGAUCAGAAGGAGCAGUUCCAGUAAGCUGAAGUCAAACUCAGCGGGGACUUUCAAGGAGUUGAACUCUUUGUCUGCCCAGGCCCAGUCGAACCAGCAGGCUUUCAUCUCGGCCCUCCAAAAGCUGGCCGACAAGCAGGUUGCUCGCCAUUAUGCCAGCUCCAGUAACAUCAACCUGCUGACACAACACUUGACAAGCCUGAACCUGGCCAACAAGAUGCUGGGCACAGAGAGUUUCACACUGAACCCUAAGAUGCGACACACUGCUGCUACGACCCAAGGACCAAUGAAAGCUCUUCACUCUGGAACGGAUCUACUGACCAGCACCGGCCACAGGCCGUUGCACGAGGAGGAGAGUCUUUGGGACGGGCAGGUACAGAAUGCCUACAGCUUGGUCACAGGGGUGAACCCACAGCAGCGCUACAUGCCCACCCAGGAAAGCUACCAGCUUCAGUUCGCUAUCCAGCAACUGCAACAGCAAAGACGUCAAUCACAACAAUUUUCUGACCAGAGACGUUGCAGACACCAGACUCAACAUUCAGACCAGACAAGCGCUCCACCCGCCCAGGCUCCCACCAACCCAUCCAGCUGCCCUCCAUCCAGCCUUUAUGUUCGACCCAAUCACAGUCAAAGCUACAGCCACAUCCAGACCUGUGUUAGACCUGUUCUUGCUCCAAAGCCACCCAGCAGUGCCCGAGAGGGCCAGAUCAGGAAAACAGCAACAAAGCGCCUCAUCAAGCAGACGUCCAUGGAGAGUUCAGCCAGUGGAACCGUGUCCAGCGACCAGCAUAUGGUCUACGAGGCCAUCUGCGGUAAAACAGGUCUUUCUGUGUACCGCAAGCUGUUCCAGGCCCAGGAGCCCGGACAGAGAUGACAGGAAAGUGACCAGAGGCACAUCCUGCCGCUCUGCUGGCCCGACAGGUGUCUCUGCAUGUAACUGCAUACCCACAUCACAGAGGUGUAUUCUGGGAAAGGACAACAGCAACAGAUGAAAGCAUGCCAGACAUCGAACAGGGUCCUAUUAAUUUCUCUCUGAUACAGCCACAGACAUGCAAGAGGAUAGUCCGCCAGGCCAGGAAUGCCCAGCUUUGACGCAGGUUGGGAUUUUGUUGCGCAGCUCAACAUCAGAUGGCCUUUUCAGCACUCCCCACCCCCCUCAUCCCCCUUGGCACUCAGUAUAUAUCCCAACAGUUGCCCGCCCUCAUUCUCUCCAUGCUGCUGAUGCCACAAAAAGAUUUCACAGACAGAUAGCCUUCAGCAGAUGGUUCUUCGAGCCCUGCAGGCAUUUUGCAUGUGCACUCCUUGCCAUUCAUGUACAUCCCCCCCCCUAAAAAGUUAAACAAGCAGGUUAGAUGGGGGCUUUGUCCGUGAGAGACAUCUGAUGAGUUUUUGACAAGUAUUGUAGCCUGAGCAGUUUCUCAUCUUUCUGCCAUGAAUGUUGAGCAUGCAGGGAGGUUCCUUUCAUGUGUGGCUUCUGGCAUUAGACACUCUGACUCCCAGUCGUUGUCGGAAUCCAGACAGUUGCCAAAUCAGACUCUCACCUCUCACCCUGUCCUCACUAAAGGAUGUGUUAAAGUAUUACAUCCUCUCCUUCAAGGAACGAAAAGGAAAUUCUGAUUGUUACUGAGAUUAGUUUCUGCCUUGUUCUCUGUUUUCAGUGAUGAUGUAACAUUGUUGCAGGGUCGACAGAUAUUUAAGUUUUGUAUCAAGAAUACAGUAGUGAUUAUUCCUGUGAACUGUUAAGAGAUGUUGAUGUUUUCAUGGAUGGACCGAAUUUAAUAUUUUUUGUCUUAAUAAGUAAAUUAUUGUGUUAUUGCAUUAACAUUGUACAUUGUCAAAAAAAGGCCUUCAAGGCCAUUUCUGUAGCUUGAAGCAUAACAUAAAGAGGAAUUAUGGUUAUGCACAGCCUUGCCUACAAUGAAGGUUAAUGCUGCACCAGCAGACAAAUAUCCUUGUGGAUAGUCUGUUGCUUGGGACCAUAUAGUGAGUUCUCUCAGGGUGUGUUAAUAGAAUAUAACAUCUCUAUUAUAUAUCAUUCGAUUGAGCAUAUGUUUAUAAUGACUUUGUCAGAAAUACUUGAAUUUCAUGCAUGUCACAUCAUAUCAGCUGAUGAUUAUCAUCAGAGUGGUUUUGCACAGAUUGCAGUUUUCAACUCAGUACAACAGUACUGUUUUUAAUACACUUACUAGAUGGUAUUUUGUAAAAAUUGCAGUGAUUGAUGUUAAACUUCAUGUUGUGGAUUUCCUGCUAUUAAAACCAGUGCAUGCUGUAUUACAAGAAUCCGACAGUAGAAUCCAAAUCAGUGUGUAUAUUCUACUGUGGUGAUUCAGUGUUGUUUACAGUCCAAUAUUUUAAUCUGUUCUUUUCCUGAUUGUUUACAAUACACAUGCAUGGAAAUGUAAUAUUUUUGGAAUCAUUUAAGCUGUUUGUAGCAAACAACAAUGACAUGAAUAUGUAGAAUACAUUAAAACAUGCUGAUUGUGUCAGUAAAUGUACAGUAUUUGUU